AUGGUGAACGGUGAUGACAGAAUCAGAAGUGGGAAAGACUUCCGGGUCUGCAAUGGGAUCCUCCAGGCUGCGGCUCCCAUAGCAGCAAGGCCACAUUGUGCAGGGAUGAAUCCUUGUUCCCCAAGUGUCUUUGAUUGGCACAAGGUCAAAGUCAGAGGCAGCGAUAGCGUGAGCAAGAGGAGGGGCGGACAAACAGUUUAUAAAGAGGUUGCUGUCGCUUCAGCUCCGCAGUUGCGGGAGAGUCUGAGGGCUGCAAGCAAAUCCUCAGUUCUGAAGGGGCUGCCUGUGAAGAAGAGACGCUCAGUAACGAUGGCCCUGUACCGCAUCGAGUCCAAGAAGCUGGACGACUUCAUUAAAAGGAACUUGGAGCCAAGCGGAUUUAAUAUCGACGUGAGAAAUGCAGUGCACAGGAUCUGCGAAUUUUUAAAGAAUCAAUGUUUCGUCAGACAACCCAAUAUUAAAGUGAUCCGAGCCGUUAAGGGUGGAUCAUCAGGGAAAGGAACAGCUUUAAAAAAUUGCUCAGAUGCAGAUCUUGUCAUCUUCCUCAGUUGCUUCGAGAGUUUCCAGGACCAGAGAGACACCAGGCUUGAAGUUCUUGAGGAAAUUCAGAAAAUGCUGGAAAAAUGUUCUGAAAGCCUUGCGUAUGAGAUCAGUGGUAUCAGUAUCACCACAAUAAGGCAAAGCAGCAUGCCACCAAAAUCUAUGAGCUUUGAAGUGAAAUCAAGGAAGACUUCAGAGAGUGUGUCAUUUGAUGUUCUGCCAACCUAUGAUGCAUUAACAGCACAGAAUAAUGCAAAUGAAGCACAUCUCAAACUAAUCGAAUUUCUAAACAAGAAUGUGAGCACAGACGGAGAAUUUUCUCCUUGCUUUACCGAACUUCAGAGAAAAUUUGUGAAAAAGUGUUGUUCAAAAGUCAAAGACUUAAUUCGCCUGGUGAAAUAUUGGUACAAUGAGCAUGUCAAACCACGGAAACGAGAGCUGAGAAAUGGAGCACGACUGCCUGCAAAGUAUGCCUUAGAGCUAUUGACCAUCUAUGCCUGGGAACAAGGUAAUCACAAAGAGAACUUUGACAUGGCUGAGGGGUUCCGCACUGUCCUGGAAUUGAUCUGCAAGUAUCAGAAACUGUGCAUCUACUGGACUGACUACUACAAUGUCAAUAAUACAACCUUGGCAGAGUUUUUAAUCAAGAAACUCCGUAACAGGAGACCAAUAAUUCUUGAUCCAGCUGAUCCAACUGGAAAUGUGGCUUCAUCUGAUGGUUGGAAUGUGUUGGAAAGUGAAGCCCGGAAAUGCCUAAGCAUGCCUUGUGUCUCUUACAUCAGAGCAUGGGAUGUCCAGCUGGUGAAGACAUUUGAAGUCACUGUGACUGCCCUGAAUGGUAGCUCAUUACAACUAAGUGUCAACAUUGACAACAAGAUCUCUGAGAUCAAACGCAGCAUCCAGGAAAAGUGGAACAUCCCAGCUUCCCAGCAACGCCUGGUAUCCAAUGGAGCCAUUCUGAAUGAAGGGAUCACCUUGUUGGAUUCCAAGAUCUUCUUUAAUGCACAAAUUCAGCUACUCAUGCUAAAUGCCAUGGAGAUAUUUGUCAGUUUGGAUGGGCGUAGCGAGAUAAUUCAGGUUUCGCCAAAUGACAAGGUUUCAAGUUUAAAAGUUAAAGUUGAAUCUCUGAAGCAAAUCCGGCCAAGCCAGUACUACUUGACCUUUCAGUCACAGCCACUUGAAGAUGAACGUACUCUGCAAUAUUAUGGCAUUAAGCAACAUUCUACCAUCAUUGUCAACCUGCGACUGCGUGGUGGCAGAGAGUCUGUGGGGUGGAAGCAAGUCUUUAAUGCUGAAGGGUUGUCUGCAAGGAGGAACAUGUGCUCAGUAACGAUGGACCUCUACCACACAGAGCCCAGGAGGCUGGAUGACUUCAUUAAAAGAAACUUAGAGCCAGUCGGAUUUAAUGCUGAUGUGAGACAGGCUGUGCACAGGAUCUGCGAAUUUUUAAAGAAUCAGUGUUUUACUAGACAACCCAACAUUAAAGUGAUCAGAGCCGUUAAGGGUGGGUCAUCAGGGAAAGGAACAGCUUUAAAAAACCACUCAGAUGCAGAUCUUGUCGUCUUCCUCAGUUGCUUCAAAAGUUUUCAGGACCAGAGAGACACCAGGCUUGAAGUUCUUCAGGAAAUUCAGCAAAUGCUGGAAAAAUACUCUGCAAGUCUUGUGUAUGAGAUCAGUGAUAUCAGUAUCAACUCAAUAAAGCAAAACACCAUCCCACCAAAAUCUCUGAGCUUUGUAUUGGAAUCAAAGAAGACUUCAGAGAGUGUGUCAUUUGAUGUUCUGCCAACCUAUGAUGCAUUAAACGGCCAGCACAACACAAAUGAAGCACAUCUUGAACUAAUCAAGUUUGAAAGUAAAAAUAAGAACUCAGGUGGUGAAUUUUCUGCCUGCUUUACUGAACUUCAGAGAGCAUUUGUGAAAGCGUAUUCUUCAAAAGUCAAAGAUUUGAUUCGCUUGCUGAAAUAUUGGUACAUGCAGUACGUCAAGCCAAGGACAUCAGAGUUGAGAGCUGAAGCAAAACUGCCACCAAAGUAUGCAUUGGAGUUAUUGACUAUCCAUGCCUGGGAACAAGGUAGUCACAACGACAGCUUUGACACGGCUGAAGGGUUCCGCACGGUCCUGGAAUUGAUCUGCAGGUAUCGGGAACUGUGCAUCUACUGGACUGACUACUACAAUGUCAAUAAUGCAGUGUUGGCAAACUUUUUAAUCAAGAAACUCAGUGAGAAGAGACCAAUAAUUCUUGACCCAGCUGUUCCAACUGGAAAUGUGGCUUCAUCAGAUGGUUGGAAUGUGAUGGAAAAUGAAGCCAGGAAAUGCCUACACAUGCCUUGUGUCUCGUAUGUCAGGGCAUGGGAUGUCCAGCCAGUGAAGAAGUUUAGGAUCACAGUGACUGCUCUGGAUGGGAGAUCAUUACAACUAAAUGCCAACAUUUACACCAACAUCUCUGAGAUCAAAUGCAACAUUGAACGAGAGUGGAAUAUUCCAGCUCCACAGCAACGCCUGGGUUUCAACGGCACCAUUGUGCAUGAUGGCAAAACCUUGUUGGAUUCCAAGAUCAUCUUUGACACAGAGAUUCAGCUGCUCAGGCUAUUUGAAAUAAUUGUCCGGUCACCAGAGAGGAACCUGACAAUUAAGGUUUUGGAAAAUGACAAGGUUUCAAGUUUAAAAGAUAAAAUUGAAUCUUUGGCACAAAGCCAGUACUACUUGACCUUUAAAUCACAGCCACUUGAAGAUGAACGUACCCUGCAAUAUUAUGGCAUUGAGCAACAUUCUACCAUCAUUGCCAACCUGCGACUGCGUGGUGGCAGCGAGAUUCAACUCUUUAACGCAGAGGAUCGAAAGAGAUUUCAGUUCAUUGGUGUCCGAGUGUCAGCGAGGGGGCCGCCUCCGGGGUACUUUUGGCGCCGAGUCACGGCUCUGGGCUGGUCGGGUGUUGGGGACGCUGCCGAUCUCACCGCUCGGCGUCUCCCCGUCCCCCGCCUGCCCCCGUCCCGGGUCACGGAGCCUGGCUUCUUGCGGACAAGAGGAAGCCUGGUGAUGUCAAGGGUCCUUUGGACGCAAACGUCGACUACCCCUUUGCCUCCAGAGCUGCCACCAGCUUGUUGUUUUUUGUUUGCAUCUGACCAAUUGUCUGCCUUUCACGUUUGCAGCAAUGAGUCAGCCUUUCCUGUGCUGGGUUUCCUUCUGACAGAUGGCAGACUCAGAAAUCGAAACUCAAGGAGAAAAGAACGAGGAAGUAGAAACCAACUGCAAUUAAAAAAAACUCCCAAAUUGGGUUUAUUACCAAAGUCCGGUUUCGGUCGCUGGAACGUGAAGAAAAAAAUCAUGAGUCAACAUAUGGAUUUGCUUCAAACACCUCCCCGUAAACUGGAUACAUUUAUUUACAAUUAUCUCCAACCUGAUGAAAGAUUUCUGAAGCAAGUUGGUGAGACCGUGGACAAGAUCUGUUCUUUCUUAAAGGAACAGUGUUCCUCCAUUAAAAUCAGUAAAACUGUGAAGGGUGGCUCCCUUGGAAAAGGAACAGCUUUAAAAAAUGGCUCGGAUGCAGACCUGGUUAUCUUUCUCAACCACUUCAGAUGUUUUCGAGACCAAAAGAGAAACCGGGCUGAAAUAUUGAGCACAAUUCGUGAGAUGCUGGAGAGAUGUGGGGAUUGCAUUGGACAUGAGAUCAUCAUGUCAAAGCCCAAAAUAAUUCCCUCUCAUUCUUCUCCUCGUUCCCUGAACUUCCAGUUUAGAUCCAGAGAAUCCUCCGAUUCUGUUGAGGUUGAUGUUCUCCCUGCAUUUGAUGCUUUAGGUCAGCUAACAAGGAACUGUCCGAAUCCUCAGGUCUAUGUAGACCUGAUUAAUACUGGAGAGCCUGGAGGAGAAUUUUCAACUUGUUUCACCGAACUUCAAAGGAACUUUGUAAAGUCCCGUCCUGCGAAACUUAAAGGCCUCAUUCGACUUGUGAAGCACUGGUAUACUGAGUUUGUCCGUCGUCCAUUCAAAUCUCAUCUGGGAAGUGGACAGUUUCUCCCACCUAAGUAUGCUCUGGAGCUGCUGGUCAUCUAUGCAUGGGAGAGUGCCAGGAAGGGCGAGGAUUUCAGCACUGCGGAAGGAUUACGCACAGUUCUGGAACUGAUUGUCCAAUACAAAGACCUGUGGGUGUUUUGGACAAUGAACUAUAACUUUGACUCUCACAUUUUUGGCAAGUUCCUGGAAGAUAAACUUCAAGAACAAAAGCCAAUGAUUCUCGACCCUGCAGAUCCAACAGGCAAUGUUGCUGGAAAUGCUAGAUGGGACCUAGUUGCAAGCGUUGCUGAAAACUCUUUAAGGCAGGACUGUGUGAAAAACGUCACCUCCUGGAAUGUUAAGCCAGUGAAGAGCAUUUCAGUUUCUGUGAAGUGUGUGGUCAAUUCUUUGCCUGUCAACCCCUUCCACUCUAUUGAAUGUAUUAAGAAAUAUAUUGAGAACCAGACAGAACGAUCAAUGUCCAAUUAUUACCUGGAAUGGAACGACCAAAUGCUGGAGGAAGCAAGCUCACUGUCUGAUUAUGGAAUUUUCUAUGAUGUUACCUUCUUGUUGAAAGAACAUCCCUCUUGGUGCAUCUUACUGUAACAAAGGUUUGCCCAAAGAAUCACGAUGAGCAUGGCAAGAAAUGUCAAAAUGCCAACCAAACACAACAAAUCACUGCAGAUGUUUUAGUAUGUAAUGCAGUCCCUAGCAGUAUCUCACUGAAGUAAAUUUACACCUGGAAAAUCCAACAAAUUGAACUUCUGAUUUUUGGUGUCAAAUGGAUCAUUAAUAUUUCUUAUUGGGAAUGUGGUAGAGGGAGCGAUGAAACUGGGGCAUUCUCCCUGAAUCAGAGAAGAUUAGGGGAGACUUGGUAAAGAUGUGCGCUUCUGAUAGGGUGAAACUGCACUGGUAGGGAGUUGGUAAUCAGAGAACAUGUACCUGUUGGAUGCUCCUGCCUUGCAUGUGUCUUGGAGGGAAAAGAUUUAAAGUCUUUUCAUUAAUUAAUGAAAUAAUUGGGUAAAUAGGGGAAAACUAGUCAAUGGUGCUAAAUGGGCAAUUAGUCCAAUGACCUAGCUUCAUUAUGAUGGGUUAAGUGCCUUCUUUAUAAUUUAUAAUCUUACAUUUCUGUCCUAAAGAAUAAAAUUUCACUAAUUUGCUGGUGCUGAUUUAAACUGUGUUCCUGAUGUAUUAAAUAAACUCAAUUUUGC